CCCAGGUGCUCCUCCAACAGCGCAACGGUCAAGGCGAGACUCCGUUGAAUGUUCUACUGAUAAAUCUCGAAGAAAGGACAACUCAUCGCUUCAAUGGCGUGACCGAAGACGUUUCGGAUAAGUUCGCUGGAUUCAGCGACACAGUUGUUGUCUGUUUUAUCUCUCUCAAUGGCGGUGUCAGUGACUGGCGUCGACUGGCAACGCCUGAAGUAUGGAUGCACAUGUGGGCAAUGCCUCUCUGGAUUUCUGAGUCCCCGGAUGCGCUUCUCCUCGGAAUGUCAGGCAAGAGUAUGGUUUGAUCUUCUUCUUGAAGACAUUGAUGAGGGGAAGUUCUGGGUUCGAUCAAAUCGUACCUAUCUCACUUUCCUCCCGCGUGAUAUGCAGAACAAUCUCAAGACUAAUAAGUCUAUGAGGAAGGGAUUCAUGAACCUCUGUGCAGCCAGAUCGCAAACUGUCCCUGAAGAAAUAUCAUUUUGAACGAACAAAACGUGGAGAUGGUAUUGCGUGAUGCGAGCGAGUGGCCCCC